AUGUCGACACAACCGCUACUUCAAAGAACAGCUGCGAAAAGAAUCGCUCUUCCUGUUCGAGUGGAGCCCAAAGUGUCGUUCGCCAAUGAGCGAACCUUCCUCUCAUGGCUGCAUUUCACAGUUGUCCUAGGAGGACUGGCGGUUGGAUUACUGAAUUUUGGCGAUAAAGUUGGCAAGAUUAGUGCUGCUAUGUUCUCGGUUAUUGCCAUGGCUAUCAUGAUAUAUGCCUUGUACACGUAUCACUGGAGAGCCGCAUCUAUAAGACGGGGCGGGCGUGGACCAUAUGAUGAUAGGCUAGGACCAACAUUAUUAUGCAUUGCUCUCUUGAUUGCUAUAAUCGUCAACUUUAUAUUACGGUUCACUGAAUCUUGA